UAAGCAACGAUGUUUUCAUUUUAUGAUUAACAACUUGUGUCUUGAUAGCAUUCCAUCAUAGUCGAUCCCUUAUAGCUUUGAUGAAACUUGAUUUCAUCAAACAACCGAAUAUCAGUUGAUACAAAAUCUCAGAACAAAAUGCCUACCGAUCAAUACUUUAGCAAGCUCCCUGCUUUCCCUAGUGAUGUCCCUAUCGCGAAGCUCAAUCGAUUGUCAUAUGCCAAACUUUUGACUGGAGAUGAGGUUGAAUCGGAGGCUCUUUUUGAAGCCUCACGAACAUUGGGCUUUUUCUUGCUCGAUUUCAGCACUUGCGUUGAAGGUCAAAACUUCCUUCAGCGUGCUGAGCGCAUGUUUGAGAUCAACGAGGAUGUCAAUAAUCUGGAACAAGACGAGUUGAUGAAAUAUGCUUACAGGCCACCACACCAUCUCUUCGGGUAUAAACAUCUCGGAAAUCUCAAAAUUGAAGACGGCAGACCGGAUCGCGUUGAAUUCUACAAUGUCGGACAAGAUGACAUGACUGGAGUUUCGGCGACACUUCCAAAUCCUCCAUUGAUUGAAGAAAACCGGUCGGAUAUCAAAGCAUACAUGCAGCAGGCGCAUGUGGUGACCGAUUUAAUUUGCGAUAUUCUAGAUAGCCAACUACGACUCCCUAAAGGCACACUUUCCUCACUUCAGCCGCAGGGUCGUCCCUCCGGCACGUCACUCCGGAUGCUUCGGUAUCCACCACAGCCUGAAGGGGACCGUCGCACAAGUCUUCUUGGCCAUACCGACCUUGGAUCUUUGACGAUUCUAUUCAAUACCAUUGGGGGACUGCAAAUACUCCCAGCUGGUGCCGAUGCCAAGGACGAUGAUAGCUGGGUGUAUGUUCAACCCCAGCCUAACUGUGCGAUUGUUAACCUGGGCGACGCCAUGGUUGAAUGGAGUGCAGGUAUUUUGCGUAGUAACUUGCAUCGUGUGACUUUUGCUCCAGGUGAUCAGAGUAAGUCUAUUCGCUACAGUCUGGCAUAUUUGGUUCGGCCAUUCGGGGAUGCGCCAAUGAAGAGACUAGCUGGAGGCGAUAGCAUAAUCCCGCCUCUGGAAGAAGGUGAAGAGGACACAACAAUGACUGCGAGAGAGUGGGAGUCACAUAGAGCAGUGGCAAUCAAGGCUGGGAAGGACAAUGCUCGAAGUAGAGGGGGGAGAGACAUAAAAGUACCUGCAAAAAAAGCUGCUGCGACUGGACUUUUGCAAGCAGUGAAUUAAUAAGCAUAGGUGUAUCUGCAACUAGCUAAGUGUGGUUAAACAAGUAGUAUUUGCUCAUAGCUUUUGAUCAUUGAAAAAGACGGAAUAUUAUUAAUUG